CUCAUCAAACUAAACCCUUUCAUUGGGAAUGGGCUACUGAGAGUCGGUGGUCGCAUCACACGCUCAGGGUUGGAGACAAAGGAAACUAACCCUAUCAUCCUACCAGGCACCCACCACAUAACCAACCUCCUUGUGAGACACCAGCAUGAAAAGGUCAGCCACCAGGGAAGACAUUUUACUGAAGGGGCGGUCAGAGAAAGUGGCCUGGCCUAUGGGUGUCAUUGUCAAGACAGUUCCAAGUGAAAACGGGAUAACAAGGAAAGCUGAGGUUAAAGUUGCUAAACAAGAGACUGCUAAGACCUAUUAUAGACCCAUAUCUGAAAUGGUUUUCCUGUUAUCAGGUGAUGUUUAAGUUUGUUUAUUGUGGUAUCUAUAGGAUACCAGACAGGGAGUGUUCUAUUUAUGGGCGCUGUCUCUUUAAGAGAAUCAGGAAGUUGAGCGUUCAGGCCACGCUGUGCAGCUAUCGCGGCAGUGUGAAGCAGCAUGCAGAGAGCAAGGUGUUGUGUUGACAGCCAUGGGUUUUCAGUUCAGAAAGGGCAUUCCUUGUAAGUAUUACGAUAACAUGAUGUUUAUAUGAAUAAUUAGUUAUAAAAAUGGCAAAACUGAGUUCAUCCAGGACGUAAGGAACUAUUUACAAGUAUUGUUUAAAGGGCAUCCUUAAAUUGUUUGUGGCUGCAAUGAAGCAUGAUUAUGAUUCAUUUUCUGACUUAUGUGCGUUUUUACUUACUGAUGCAAAUGCAGUGUAUUUGUUGUUACAGUUUCACACCUACCAUAUAAAGUACAAGGUCCAAACCACCCAGGUGUCUGCGACUUCUUGUGUAGAGGUGUUUAACUAAAUGGAUUGUGGAAAAGGUUUCUACGAGGCCAUAAAAAUGAGUAAAUAGUACAAAAUCUGAUUAACUUGAAUAAUAAUAAACUGCUGUGAAUUAGUGAUGGUGAAUUCACAAACCAGAAAAAUGCUAUGAAUAAAUGAAAAUACUGAAUAAGGAAGCAGAUUUUUAAGUUACAGUUUACUGGUCAAUUAAAAGUACAUUAUUUUUUGUAACUGUGAAGUGACUUUGCACCAGAUCAUAUGACACAAUAUUGGAGAGCUGUUGCUCUGCAGUCUUCUACGUCAGGAAAACAACUGGUUUGAAUGGUUAAAACCUUUCACACCUCUACAACGGCCUCUUUUUUUUUUUUUACCUCGAGGGGCAAAUUCUUAGCAGUGAUGCAUACCUUAUUUUUCUUUCAAUUGCAACAAAAAAAUAGAGAAGUCACCUUGCUGCUUUACAAGAACCUCAUCUGGGCAGAAAAAGGACUGAGUAUCCAUGGGAAUCUUAGCACGUUAGGCAGGCCUUUCUCCCCUUCCUCUCAUCUGCUCUCCCCCCGCUGCACCAAUGGACCAGUGCAAUUGUUUAUUUUCUCCCAUUGAAGCUGCUCCAUUCACUGGCUCUCACAUUUACCCUGCUCAAUUGGAGUGAGACAGCACUAAUUCGAGGAGAGGAAUGUAGCGUUCCACUGACGGAGCAGCAAGAAUGCAGCAGAAAUAAUUAAACUUUUUUGUUGUUUUAUUCCAAAGAGAAGGUACAGCUGAGAGAGGUGAAAGACGUCAACCCCAACAAUGAGGACUAACGGGAUUUUCUGUUGUGAUGAGAAAAUCUACACAUCACUUUGACAUUACGGAGUAAAGAGUUUUUGAAUGAUGCACAAUACUGGAAAGUGCAGUGAGAAUCUGGGAGGGGCAGGGGGGUGGGUGGUCAUUUAUUCUCUGUGUUUCUUGAAGGAAACUCCUUCCAGAACAAUGAGGUGCUCUCUCGUAAGACGAGGUUUGUCCCCUGACCUUCCCAGUGGCAAUAAUAAAAAAAACAAGAGCUGGAAAUUUUGACAUGGUUACAAUUAUGACAAAUAUCUGUUCAGGAACGAUGCAGCCUCCUCUGGGCUCAUGAACAUUACUCUAACAUUAACCACUGCCUACCUGACUCUGAGUAAAGAUCUCUCUCUGACACAAUGCAUAAGCCACUGAAACUCGAGCUGGAAAUCAGAUAGAAUUUAUUUUUUAAUAGUCUCACUGCUGGCGUCCUCAAGUCAUUAAUGCUCUUUGUUUAUAAUUCCACUGCUGAGACACAUUUGGCACUCCAAUUUCACUGUACCUUGUACAAUGACAAUAAAGGCUAUUCUAUUGUACUAUAUUAUAUUUGAAAUCCGUUCUAAUUAAAGUGGCUUCAUAAACUUUGUGCAGAACUUCCUGUCAUUCUCAAUGUCUGUUCUCGGCGUGUUCAAAAGCCACAUCAAACCUGAGAGGGUGAGUGCAGAAAAAUACAAAUCAAACAUCCUGAUAGGAGGGAAAAUGUGAUAACCUGCAGGCUUGAAGGCUCUUAAAGUACUUACUUGUGUAAAAGCUGCAGUCGCCUAAAGCUAAAGCAUGAAUAAUGAUAGAUAAUGACGAUUUUUACCAAGCAUCUGCAAAUAAUGAAGAUUUAGAGCUUCAGAUACAAUAGCUAACUGCGUCUGUUUUAUAAAACAACAGACACAGCUAAUUAAUAAUUUUACUUUUAUUUUCUAGGGCUGAUCUUGAACCAAUAAUUUGAUAGAGCUGAUCAGAGACCUUAUAAAAAUCAGCCAGAUAUUAGAUGCACUCAUUUAAUAAUCAAACCACAUUUUUAUUUUAGCGUUUUAUUUUCAUUUUAUUCUAUUCAGAAUGUCAUCAUGAUGUCACAAUGAUCAACGCUAGCUUGUCAUGGAGGGGAACUCUAUGUGCUUAAGCAUAAAUGAAAAUGUAAUAAACAUGAAACUUUUCUGAUGUUUAAACUUGGGAUAUUGCAAAUCAAAGCUGUUUGUAAGCAGCUAUAAAAACAUUAAAUAUUGCACGAAACUGUGCUAUAAUCUCUUAAUUACUCUCAUUCACUGUUCAGGAAAUGUUAUUUUUAUUUUGAGUUAUCCAUUAGACUCUUGUCAAAUAUAAUUCACUUGAAAUUGACCAGGUUAUUGUUUUUUUUAAAAAAUCCCAAUUUCAUAAUUAAAGGUGAACAAAAAAAGAAAGUGCAAAAAACUAAGAAACAGAAGAAAGAAAAGUUAUCUGUGUUGGGUUGCUUCCCUUUCCUGGUAAAACAAGUGAAUCGUACCUGCCCCCUAUUGGUCAGGGGAGGCAGUGAAGCCGGAAAAAUACUUCAGGCUUCAGGUCACGAGAAAACAUUAGAAGUUCAAAUGCCUUUUCCAUGUUCACUACUACAUAUUUAUUGUGAUAGAAAUAAAUAAACAUACAUGGAAAGACCUUGUACUCAUAGGAGUCUGUGCAAAACUGAAGCGCUGAGAAAAUAUAUGCAGGAAAAUACCAGAGAAGCUUCAAAUACAUGCUCAUGCAUUACAUCUGCUGCAGUUGUCAUUAUAUAUAUUCACAUCAGCACACAGCCAAUGUCACGAGAAAAAGAUGCAGAAGAAGCAGAAGAAGUGAUGCCCCUAAAAGGAAGGUGGUUCUGACAUAUGAUGAGACAUGGUACUAAAAAAGGAUCUCUUUCUUUCUGUGGUUUACACUCGUAAUAGUGAGCAGCAGUGUGAUGAGGCGGUAGGUUGACUUAACUUUUGCCACAGUAGCAGCUGCACAGCAGAAUCUCACUCUGGUCCCUCAGCAUGAACACCUACGAAGAUUAUGUUUAUGACAACUUCACUGGUAAUGAAUCUGAUUAUGAAACAGAUGACCACCGCUGCAGGUUCUCGAGCCUUCGUGGCUCCAACGUUUUCAUGCCUGUGAUGUAUUACCUCAUAUUUUUCACUGGAUUUUGGGGCAACCUUUUGGUGAUCUCAGUGGUGGGGAGCCAAGGAAAGAGGAGAAGUCGUCUGGUGGACACGUUUGUUGUCAACCUGGCCCUUGCUGACCUCAUCUUUGUCAUCACGCUGCCCCUGUGGGCCAUCUCCGCCAGCCAGGACAACCAGUGGAGCUUUGGGUCAGCAAGUGAUUUGCUGUGUAAACUGAGCAGUUACAUUAUUUCUGUCAACCGCUUCUCCAACAUCUUCUUCCUCACCUGCAUGAGUGUUGACCGCUACCUGGCCAUUGUGAAGAUGAUGGACUCCAGGUACCUCAGGAGCAGUCAGUGCAUCCGGAUCACCUGUGCAGCUCUCUGGAUCACCUCCCUUGUGCUUGGCAUCCCAUCUCUGGUCUACAGAAAGGUAGCAUCCUCCAAUGGACAGCAGUACUGCAUGGAAGUCAGAGAUUCCAUGUUUUUUCUCUGCAUGAACCUGGCCAUUGCCCUCCUCACUUUCAUCUUCCCAGUGUUUAUAAUUGCACUCUGCUAUGGGAACAUCGUUAUGCACCUCAACAGGCACUGCGUUGCUUCUGGGAAUCCUCGCACCGAGGCUCGCCACAAACAUUCUCUGAAGAUGGUCCUCUGCAUCAUAGUGGCCUUUGUUGUCUCCUGGCUGCCCUACAACACCUUCAAGUCAACAGCAACAAUCUCCAGUCUUGCCAAAGUCAAUCUCAGCUGCGAAACUGAGUUUUGGUUGGGUAACGGGCUCCUCAUUUCUUGCUGUCUGGCUUUCUUCAACAGCUGCGUGAACCCAGCCAUCUACUUUUUCCUGGAUCAUCACUUCAGACGACGGGCAACUGUUCUGUACAAGAACUGCACUGGAAAGCCCAAACUGCUGCAGAGUUUCAACUCCUCUGUUUCAUUCACCAACGCUGGCACGUCUGAAACUCAGAGUGCAACAAGUGGUGGGCGAUCUCCGCUUCAGAUGUCCCCGUAGGAGGAGGACAGGCCCUUCGACUUUUCUCUACAGAGGUGUUAAAGUCAGUUCUUUAUCAGUCAGGCAGCUUGGAAAAAAUAGG